UUUGUAAUUGCUAUGUGGCGAAUGAUAAGAAAUACAAAAGUAGAAUAUAGUUUUGUAUUUGACUCAGUACAUCAACAUCUGUACGAAGAUGGCCGUCUUCAUGAUAAACAUAUGUAAAUACAACGGCUGUGGCAUAACUUUUCCAAGAUUAGCGGACUUAAUUGAACACAUCGAAGACGUCCAUAUCGAUUAUGAUCCUGCCGUCGUUGAACAAAAAGAGGCAUCUCAGCCGUCGUGUAUCCCGUUAAGUUAUGUGUUGAAGUUUUUCACGGAAGCUUCCAGGCGGGAGAUCCAAAACAUGCCCCCGGUGGCCGAGGUUCGGCGACGCCUUCUUUCCGCGCCCAAAACACCAUCUGUUAGAAGCAGCACCCCAACUGGCAGCGACAUGGACGAGGAUGAAAUGCUGAGCCCGUCGGAAGACAGCAAUGAUUCUUGGACUACCGUGGAGGAGUAUAGCUCGGAAUACAUACUGCGUUAUGGCAUCAAUCGCCUAGGCGCAGCGACCGCGGCGGGCCCGACGGUGCAAGACAAGCCGUUCGCGUGCCCCGUGCCCGGCUGCAAGAAGCGCUACAAGAACGUCAACGGCAUCAAGUAUCACUCCAAGAACGGCCACAAGAAGGAUGGCAAGGUAAAAAAGGCAUACAAAUGCCAAUGCGGCAAAAGCUAUAAAAGCGCCCAAGGGCUCAAGAGCCACUCGGCCUCGCAGCACGUGGCGGGGCGCGCGCCCGGCCUCGUGGUCACGGCCGCGCCCGCGCGCCUGCCCGCCGACCUCGACGCCACCAAGCUGGUCCGCAUCUACGACGCCCUCAAAGCCAAGGACCUCCCCUCCUUCACCAUCCCCAAGCACAACUUGGCCAGUGUAAACAUAGUGAACGGGGUGGUCCGCGCGCUGGCGCCGGCGCCGGCGGCCGGCAGGCCGGAGCGGCCCCGCGGCCCGCUCCACCCGCACGGCGCCGUAGGCAACGAGGCCCACGCCUAGCUUACACGACUCCGGUACGCGUUCCUAAUGCCUAGUUGCCCAGACCCUUAUUGACGUUAAAAAGUAAGGUUUAAAAAAGCCGAUACCUAAGUUUUGAGCCAAAUAUUCUUAAAUAUUAGAGUUAGCGGGCGCUGGUUUAGUUUUUUUAGCUGCCGCUUGGUACGCUAUUCGUAACUUUAAAAAAGUGAGAUACCUAUAGAUGGGUGAUGCGAAUUUAAUCGUGAUGUUACUGUAACGUAAGCUUCGCCUAAAACGGCAACUAAGCUAUGACUGUGCAAUUAGGUGUUAGUGCCAUGUUUCACACAUGGAAAUAAUAAGCGUUCUGCUCGUGUAAACUCUUAAUAACCGCCGGCGCCGUCCCCAAUAAGUCUAUCUUCUUCUAGAAUAAAUAUGAAUUGUUCGUCUCUUUUGCCUUGUGUGUGCCACAGUAAGUAUUUUAUGUAUUCUAGUGAUUGCCAACAGUUCAUUUCUAUCCACUGAUUACAGACGAUGAAAAUUAUAUAGAAUAUUGGGAACGGUGAUGUCAAUGUAGGUGUAUAUUACAUUGAGCGCACUUUAGCGGCUUAAGGGGAUCAGUGUAUAGCUAUAGCUACCUAGGGAUUCAUCUAAUGUAGAUACCCUCCACGCUGCAUAAAUCUAAACAUUGAGAUGGUAGUUCCAACGGUAUAAACGUUUAUCGGUUCAUGAUUUUCGACCUUAAUCGUUGUUUCUUUACGUAUUCAACUUGUUUUCUGUCUGUCCCCGUUUUGUUUGUUGGUCUGGUCGUUUUAGUCUUACUUGCUAUUCGUGAUGUCUUUGGCCCGUUUCAUUUAAAGUUGUACAGUCGCCCUCAGAUAUAUCCGAGCUGCCAAGGCCAAACAUUACUGAAAAUGCACUUUAACGUCUUUAUAAUAGAGGCUUCGUUCAGAUAUUCAUGAACACCUUAGCCGCUCCGAUAUAUCUGAUGGCGACUACACUACACUUAUUUUAUUAAUUUGGUAAUUUUUAUGUUAUCUCCUUUUUAUGCUAGCUCUUUCGAUAGGAGAAAAAAGGUGUCCCAAGAUUUUUAUUUCCAUUCCGAUAUUACCAUCUUUCAUUGUCUUUAUUGUGUGACGGUAAGGGAAUGGAAUGGAAAUUUCGGGACAAAUUUUUUUCUCCUAUUAAGAUCGAAAGUACUUGUGAUACUGAGCAGAAAUCAAAUAACGAUUCCCAAAUUUUGAAAUAAGUAAUAAUGUUAAAUAAAAUUGAAAUUUUUGGAAAUUUAUUCAACGAAUAACAAAAUGUGACCGAAAACAAGCGAUGACUAGUAGAAGUAGAAUGUGACGAAAAAGUAUAGUCUUAAAGAAUACAGAACGUCAGAGUAUCUACAGAAAAAAUCGGAAAACGAAUUAAGCAAUAAUCGAUUAUAUCGUUUCAACUGCUGACUUAAUUAAAGUCAAAUCGAAUUUAAAGUCAUUAAUGUUAAGUGUGAACGCGCAGUUCCUAUUUAAAAAAAUACAAAAAAAACAUUAAGUAAUAGCCCUCAUUUAAAUAUUUGUUACUCUUUUAUAUUUUAUUCCCUUAUUUAAAUAUGUUACACGUUUUGUACAUGAUUAUUGAUUAUCAUAUGUUAGUAGCUAACUGCAUGCUUUUUGUUUAUGCACAAAGAUUUUAUAAUGAUACACUAAGGUACUUAUAAUGCGUUGUAGGGUUUCGUCAGGUUCACAAAGAACCCUUAUUUAUCCUAAUGUUAGAAAGGUGAGUUUAAAUAAAAUGUACAUAGUUGAGGUCUUCAUUCAUGUACAAAGUUACUCUUGUAUAUUGUAUGUAUGUGACUUUCCAUCAGAGAAGGUUCCUUUCUUAUGCUUCAUGGCAUAAGAACCCUUCGCUGUUGAAAAGUCGCAUUUAGAUUUUUUGUUAUAGAUACAAUGCAUUCAUUUAACUUUUGUCGAUGACUCAAGCCCUUAAUAAUGUACAUUUUUGGAAAUCCAUAGAGAUUUAUUUAUUUAUUUUAAUUUAAAAUGAGACGCCGGUGACAGCUGUACCAAAAACACAUUAGCGAUUAUCAACGACAGUAUCUGUCUUUUUCGACGAAAACGUUAGAAAUAUGUCGUUGAUAACCCUGUUGUACCUAGGUCUGAUGUGGCUGUGAUGAAUAUUUAUUAAAUAUUUAUUUGACAGUUGUUUUGUGUUCGAGAUUAUUUUUAUGUUGAUUAGUAUUAUUAGUAACGUCCAAUGAUUAUUGUAAUUACUUAACGAGGAGUUAAUAUUCAGUUUUGUAGCCGGAGAUCACGGUUGUAUUGUGUACUGUGUGUAUGUGUACUGUAAUUUGUACAGUUAUCUGCAGAAAUAUCUACGCUACGAACGCGGUAAAAUAUUUUCGAGCCGAUGUCAAAUGCCCGAUCGUACCUAUCGUAUAUAUUUUUGUGUUCAACUGCACGAUUUAGUAUUUUACCUAUUAGGUCUCCCACUUUGAGAAGGCUAUUGGAAAGAAUGGCGAAUGAAUGGCGCUACACACACGGUUAAAACAAAUUGAGAAUCAAAAUGGAGCUGUCAAUUUUUGGUAUAUAGACACGUGUUGUUGAGUGCAUUGCGCAGCCUCUGAUGGUGCGAUACCUAUACUUGCGUCUUGCUGUGCUAUUUCUCUUAGUUGGUGUACUUAAAUAUCGCAGCGCUUCGCGUCGUUUUCUAUAUUUUCCCGUUAAAAAGUAUUCUUAUGUAAACUUAUAUUAAAACAAAAAAAUAUAUAUUAUUUAUACUUAAAGCGAAAAAAUACAAAAAUGGCAUUUGUUUUAAGUAACAUCUCUAUAUUUAGAUUAAAGACGAUACUCGGAAAUGUGAUAUGUAGAAAAAAAAAGCAAAAAAAAGCUUAUAAGCAUACUCGUAUAUAUAAAUAUGUAGUAAGUAAGGCUGGCGUUACUUGGGUUUGUUUUGUGAUAGUGUUGUUGUAGUUCGCUUUGGCGUUGUUAAUCCUAAUAACGACAUUUUAGACAGACUACAGGGUGCAUAGCCAACGUGCCAAUCGUUACGCUCCGCAGUGAACAAAACGCAACUGUCUUUGUCACACUAAUGUGGAAGAGUGAUAGAGAGAUGAGUACGCUACGAUAACGGAGCGUUAAAGAUUGGCACGUUGGCUACGCACCCAGGAUGACUCGCGUAUAACCUAAUACCUCAAUUUCAGUUAACCUCUGUAC